AUGUCUUCCGAAAAAUAUCCUGGUCAUAAAGAACUUACUUCGUAUUUGAGCCAAUAUGAAAAUAAAUCCUUCUGGGGUUUUUUGCUUUGUUGUCGAGACACGAUCGUUACCACUGCUUCGACUACCUCCCGCAGACAGGACCUUGAUACGUCUUGGUGCAAUCACUUUUUAGCAGAAGCAAAAGAGAGAACUACUGGGUAUGACUGCUUGGUAUCCACUCCAAGUUCUCUAUUCAGGCGCCCUAACUUUGUCGUUGGUAAAGGUCUGCGGAUUCCGGAGGAGGAAUCGGUUAUGUGUCUUCCUUUUGGGGCAUGCCGUUUAUCAUCUGAUUUCUCUAUACUAUAG